GAUCUGAUAAGGCAGGGUCCGGGCAUCUGGUAAUAGGAUUCUAUUCCCGGAACUUCUUUGUUAGAGCAAGCGUGGAUUAAUCUACAGUGCCACUAACAGACUAGAGGAGUUACAACGGAAUACGAGUAGUCGUCUGGAUUUCCGUUUUUUUUGUAUGAAUAUAAUAUUCAAUCUUCACGGCGCCGAGAUCGCACCCUGGGUUUGCCGUUACGUGUUCAACCCAAGAUCCGACCCCUAUCUCCGACCCCUAUCCACUAAUAGACAGAAAGAAGGCAUGUUGGAUCUUGUUCCAACAUAUCUCGGGUUGCUUACUUGAUAAUUCCGACCCGAACCUGAUAGGGAAUCUCGAUAGGGAGUCUCGAUAGGGGCACCCCUACCCGGGUGUUCAAUGUAUGGCAGGGGGACGAUUAUAAAUCUCACCAAUGCAGUCAGCUGUUAGGUACUAUACGUUGGACUCCUUGCACCAACAUCCUAGCGAGAUAUAUUAUGAUAUGUAUAAUGGUAAUGCAGCUGUGCCUGUCGCUAAAGACCCUUUCCUCUUAUCCUUGGGAUUCCAUAUAGAGCAUCGUAUACAGCAUGGCCACCCAAGACACUGAAAAAUAUCCGGCCAACACCGAAUCCGUGGAGCCGGUUGCCGACUCAGCACAAGUAGAAAUAGAUCCAUUAUUGGUAACCUGGAAUGGUGAUGAUGAUCCUGAGCACCCUUAUAAUUGGUCCCUAACGCGCAAAUGGAUAAUCACCAUCCUCCUUUCCAAUGGAGGCUUGGUGACUCUCAUGUCUGGUGCAAUGCUGGCUCCAGCCCUCAAGAGCAUCGCAGAAGACCUCAAGACAGACGAGGAAGAGGCUCAAAUAUUCCUUUCUAUCUUUGUAUUGGCCUUCGCAUUUGGUCCUAUGGUCCUGUCGCCACUUGCCGAGGUUUUCGGACGCCGGCCAGUAUGGAUGCUAUCGAGUUGCUUUUACAUCCUGUGGAACACCGUCGCCGGCUUCAGCCAGACACCAGGUAUCCUCAUCGCGAGUCGUAUUCUUUCGGGAAUCGGGGCUAGUGCCGAGUUCGCCAUUAGCAAUCCUGUUCUUGCAGACACUUGGAUACCUGCAGAACGCGGAACUUCAUUUGCAAUUUCCACAUUUAUUCCUCUUCUAGGACCAGCACUUGGGCCUAUCAUAGGAGGUGCUGUCUCGCAAUCAAUUGGGUGGCAAUGGACAUUUUGGAUCCUCUCUAUAUACGAUGGUCUUCUCGUGAUUAUAGCGUUAUUUGUAUUUUCGGAAACAUACGAAGUCAUCUUGCUCAAUAGAAGGGCAGCUAAGUUACGGAAAAGUACGGGGAACCCCUACUAUACCGCGACACAAGCUGCAUCUGAGACCUUGAGAAGCAGGCUAUCUGUUUCUCUGACCCGACCUCUGCGGCUACUUAUAACCCAGCCCAUUCUACAAGUUGUUGCGAUAUUUCUAGCCUACAAUUUCGGGAUGCUUUAUCUUGUCCUGUCGACAUUUGCCACCCUCUGGAUCGAGCGAUACGGGCAAAGCGAGACACAGAGCGGACUUAACUAUAUCGCUCUUGUCAUUGGCUAUACCAUUGCCGCGCAGGCCGGUGGCAGAGUGAUGGACCGCUUGUGGGCAUACCUAAAAUCCAAGGCCGGUAACAACACUGCACCAGAAUAUCGCGCACCACUCAUGAUUCCCGGAGCUAUCCUUAUCCCCCUCGGCCUGUUAAUAUAUGGAUGGACAGCAGAGAGGCAUUUACCCUGGAUAGUCCCUGAUCUCGGUAUUGUCAUCCUCGGCUGCGGCAUCAUCAACAACACACAGUCAAUGCAGGCGUACGUGAUGGACGCCUAUCGCCAGUAUGUCGCAUCUGCGUCGGCAGCUUCGCAGUUUCUGCGCAGUAUUGCCGGAUUCGCGUUCCCUAUCUUCGCGCCGGCGAUGUAUCAGAACUUAGGGUAUGGUUGGGGUAACAGCGUCCUUGCGCUCACGUUUGUUGUCAUUGGGUGGCCUGCCCCUUUUCUUCUAUGGACAUAUGGUGCCAAGCUGAGGGCAAUGGGAAAGCCACAGAACUAAACAGUCAAGUUUUGGUAGAAGAUACAAUAUAAAUUGAUAUGUCAUUCAGGAGUUAACCAUGUCACUAUUGUUCGACCAACGCGUGUGUACCUGAAAAUGGAAAGGAAGGGAAUUGCUAGUAAUGGAAUCGCUUGACUUAAAUGUUGUAAACA